AAGAUCAGCCUCCCAAAAAAGAGUGGAUGCAUGAAGAGUGCCACGUUGCCACUUCUCUUCGGUGCCAAGCUACAAAUUUGCCAUCUUUCUCUCUCUACCUCCCUUUCUUUCGGCCCGCACUUUCUCUCAUCCUCCAAUAUCUCUACAAAUUUCUUCAAUUCUCUUUUUUUUUUUUUCCAUCCCUUUUUCUGUCUAGGGUUUCAGAUUCUCUUUUUUUAGAAAGAGACAAUACAACGCUACGCGGCCGAUUCCUACUAACCUCCGCUUCAGAUUCUGAUCCCCCACGUGUUCCAACCUGGACCCGAUCCUUUCUUCUCGCUUCCCCCGAUCCGAUCCGGUUCUUUUAUCCAAAGUUUUCAACGAGAGAUCCCUUUUUGUUUGUAUAGUUUCGUUUAAAUUUGAUCGAAAAUGCUGCCUUUUUGAUUGCCUCUCUGUUGCAUCUUUGUCAGCCCAAGAAAUGAGUCGAUUAAUUUGAAAAGAAAAUCAUUGUUCAUGGGUUUGAAGAUCUCGCAUUACAAAGCCAUAAGUGAACCAUUUUAGAUGCUAUGCAGCAGUCGUUUAACGAGUGCAAUUGUUCAAACUGGGCUUAUAGGAACAAUUUUAACCCCGCAAAGGGUGCAUUUACGAAGUAUUGGAAGCACUUCAUAUGUCGGUGCUGGAUUAACUUUUUGGUGGAAUCGUGAAUUUCGAACGAGUGUAAAAAUGAUGGUUGAUUCAGGUGCAACGGCAAACCGAGGUCCCGUUAUUGAUGCCUUUCCGGAGAAAGAUGAUGAUGGUGGAUAUGUUAGCGGAGGGUGGAAAAGUGAAGAUGGAAAGUUAAGCUGUGGGUAUUCAAGUUUCAGGGGAAAGAGAGCCACCAUGGAAGAUUUCUAUGACAUUAGAACUUCCAAGAUUAAUGGGCAGACAGUCUGCACGUUUGGAAUCUUUGAUGGGCAUGGUGGUUCUCGUGCUGCUGAAUAUUUAAAGCAACACCUUUUUGAGAAUCUAAUGAAGCAUCCACAGUUCAUGACUGACACCAAACUUGCGAUAAGUGAAACAUAUCAACAGACUGAUGUAGAUUUCUUGGAUUCUGAAAGAGAUACUUAUCGAGACGAUGGUUCAACUGCUUCAACAGCAGUGUUGGUUGGUAACCAUCUGUAUGUUGCUAAUGUUGGAGACUCAAGGACUAUAAUAUCCAGGGCUGGAAUAGCAAUCCCUCUCUCUGAAGAUCAUAAACCAAAUAGAAGUGAUGAACGGAAGAGAAUUGAAAAUGCUGGAGGGGUUGUUAUGUGGGCAGGAACUUGGCGGGUAGGAGGUGUGUUAGCUAUGUCUCGAGCUUUCGGUAAUCGUAUGUUGAAGCAAUUUGUUGUUGCAGAACCGGAGAUCCAGGAUAAAGAGAUAGAUGAAGAGUUUGAGUUGCUUGUGCUUGCUAGUGAUGGCUUAUGGGAUGUCGUGCCUAAUGAGGAUGCUGUUUCGCUUGCGCGAGCAGAAGAAGAACCAGAGACAGCUGCUAGAAAGUUGACAGAAACUGCUUUCACCCGUGGUAGUGCUGACAAUAUAACAUGCAUUGUGGUGAGAUUCCACCAUGACAAGGCAGAACUAGUUAAUCCUGAGCAUCAGUAGAAAUCCUCAUAUUUUAAUAUUGCAUUUGCAUGUGUAGAUUUAUUGACAAAUUUAAUUAGUUUCAUUUUGAAAUCUGCAUGUGCCUUAUGGCCAAUGUGCAUAUCUCAAGGAGACAACUUGUUUAUUCAUUGUUUUUUGUUUCCUAAUGUUCUCUUGCAUGGAAUACAUGGAUCUAAUGUCCUGUUUAUUCCCGAACUUGUCCGUACUGUCUACACUCUUGUGUUCAUAUCCAUGUUUAGUUGAUAUCUAAUAAAGCCAUUCUAAGAUUCUAAGUUA